UCAAGCGGCGCUAGCUUCUGCUUUAAUUUAAGUUCCUCGUCAAGCUUAGUCGUGCGUUAAUAAUAGCCUAUAUCGUGAGCUAGCUAACUAAGACGCGAGUCUGAGAUCUUGGAAUCACAUUCAAUCAGAAAGAAUUGAUACUGAGGUGCAAAGAGAUGGACCAAGGUACAGUCAUCCAUCUACAGGGAGACAUGGGUGCGGCUGUGGAGAUCAUAGUACAGGAACACCCAGUGGGCGGGGCAUUUGUGGAAGAGGGCAGUACGGGGGGAGCUACUGACGUAGAGCGACAGGUGCAAGACGGCAACUCGGAUGCAAUUCCAGUCUUCCUUUCACAGAACGCUGAGGCAGAGGGUGGGCAAGAAGAUGGCCAUGGAGAUCUGGAUCAAAUACAGAUCCCCAUUUCAAAUACAGAUCACAAAUCUGCACUUGUCUCAGAUACUUUAUUUGAUGUUGCCAUGUCAGAACGAUUCGGAUACGUCUACAGUCUGGACCGAGCUGAGAAAGUGCGCAGGAAUUUCGAAGUGCGGACCAACACGUCAUAUGUGGCUGUCAGCAAUGUCAGACCGAACUUUGGCCAAACGGAAUUAAGUCGUGAGAAUCACCGCAUAUACUGGGAGGAGCCGCAGCAAGACACGCCCAUCAAAAGCACGUCAAGGAUCAAGUUUGACGGAGUGCCGUUCAUCUUGCUGGCCAAGAGAGUUCUGGAUUGCCAGCAUGGCAGGGCUUGGAACAGACGAAGGGACAAAGAAAAGCCAGAGAGAAAACGAAGGAAGAAACAGUGCACUCCAGCAACAAGAAAGCUUGGAUGUCUCGCAAACAUCACGAUGCGGGAACUUAUGUGCUUCCCAGAGUUUAAGAUAGUUGAAAAUUCGGAAUACAAAAGAAAAUUUGCCUCAAAACAGCUGAGGAUGGCAUUGAAAAAGGGCGGAGUUAGAGGAGAGAAGAGAAUCUACAUUGACCUGCCAGAUGUGUCCAGUCAUAACCAUCCUAUUGAUCAGAACACCCAAGUCACACACCAAGCCCUUGAUGAAAGGGUCAUGAAGAAGCUACAGGAACUUGUGGCUGCCGGUGUUUUGGACAUUGAAGAAAUGAGAAUGCAUCUGCAGAAUUACGUCCAGAACGAGAUCUGCUUUGGGCAGCCCUCCAUACCACUCAGCAAUAGACGGUUCUUUCCCAGCAAGUUCACCAUCCGAACUCAAGUACACAGGUGCUGUACACCUCAGACGCAUACUCAUGAAGAAACGAGCGAGUUCAAGAUUCGAGGACAAUCACACCAGUCUGUAAACAUGGCAGAACUCCCAGUGAAUGCAGAACUUGCGAAAAACAUUGGCACAGAAUUCUGUGAACAGUACUACAAUACAUUUGACACAAACCGGGCAGGGCUUGCACCUUUAUACACUGACGUCUCUGUCAUGUCAUUUGAAGGUGAUUUGAAAAUUGGAGCCAAUUCAAUUAUCGCAAAACUUAUGGCACUUCCGUUCAAGGCAGUCAAACAUGUAGCCACAGCUGUAGAUUGUCAACCUACUGUAGACAACUCCAUCCUGAUUUCUGUACUAGGUCAAGUAAAGACGGAUGACGAUCCCCCUAAGUCAUUCCAUCAAAGCUUCCUACUAAAGAGCGGCGGAGGGAACUACUAUGUCCUGAAUGACAUCUUUAGACUGAGCUUGCACAACUUUUGAUAGUCUAGUAUUUACAGUGAGGAUGAACUCGCCAGCUCAAUUCCAACAGUGCUUGGUUUUGCCUUUUUGUCCUUCCUUUUUUUUACUUUUUGCUUUUCUGACAUAUCUGUAACCACAUGUCCGAUUACUGCUGGUGAUGUAUUUGUACAUGUACAUGUACAGGCCAUCAAUGAAUGCUAGACACCAUUUCCACCCAUCCCCCCUCAUCCCCAGUUCCAACUAUUGAUGAAGCAUUACUUUCUUUACUUUACUUCUUUGCUCUGGGUCCUGCUGAAUCAUGUAUAAUCCCAGAAAAGCAAACAUGUAAAUGCCUGUUGAUUCCAGUGAAGUCAAACAGCGAAGAAAACAAAUCGGUUUUAUAGUUCACUGUAUCAAAAAGAUCCAUGGAAUCUGUCAACUAUUGGAUCGUAUUGAAUUCAGUUGUGUGAGGCAUAAAUGCUGUACUUGCUGUUUCAUUUGUGUAUAGUGUUCAGAUUUUUUGGAAAAAGUUAUUAACAUUUUGUGUAGAAUAUAAAAUUUUACCAGCUAUUAAUCCAAAUGCUACCCAAGCUAAUAGACUUAAGCCAUAGUGAUGUCACGCCUUGUUUUACCUCUGCGCCUUCCUAUGGGAGCCGGGUGGGGCCAACUGCCUUGCAUCCCUACCUGGCUCCCAUAGCGCACAUGUAAACAAAGAGUGAUGUCAUUAUGUCGUACGUCCAUUGGUUCUCAGUGACAAGAAGACAACUUUAAACUCCUCAUUUUUGUACAAAUAUAUACACAUUAUUAGACAAUAGAAGCGCAUCUAAAAGCCUACAAAAUUCUUGGCCAUUUCCACCCUUUUUAGACUGGCAUUCCAGAGUCCAGCUGAUCAAACAGUAUUAGCAGGGGUCCCACAGUCAUGGAAAAAGCACGGAAAAUCCUGAAAUUUACAGCCUUGUUAUUUUACAAGGAGUCAUGGAAAGUUGAUAUUCCAAAAAAAAUGGAAAAGUCAUGGAAUCCUUCACAACCCUUACAUGAUAAGGCGUAAUAUUUAGCUAUGGCAGUCUUCCAGUUUGCACCGUCAGGACGCGUUUGUGGCGCCCAGUCUUGUGUCAAAUUGGACAGCUGAUGGGAUUGGUGUCCCAUGCCUCAGUGUGAUGACUGACCAGUGUAUUGUAACUAGACUCCUAGGAUGCCAUUCAGGGGAGGAACUGGUCGUGGAAAACUCUAUUCAAUAUUGUCAUUGAAAAGUCAUCGAAGAUCAUUUUUAAAUUUCUGUGGGAAAACUGAAUAACAGCAAAGUAAAUUUGAUUUCAGACAGCCAAACUGUGUAUUUAUGUUCCAUUGACUAGACCCUAGAGUCAUUCCCAACAACCGCAACUGUCAAUGUUUUGCAUAGUCUGCCCUGUUUCCAAUGUCCAACUCUUCAUGUUCCUUGUUUAACUAUUUGGAAUAAUUUAGUUGGGCGUGACUUUGGAACUCCAGGGUAGGGGUGUAAAAGAAAUCAGGAAAUUUUGAUUAAGUUACACUAGGUGAUACAAAAAUGUUUAACUUGUAAUGGUUCACCAUUCAAAUUAACGCCUUCUUUUUUAUAAGGUUCCCUGUGUAUUCCCCCCUAUAAUUUACUUGAUAAGCUUGUAAUGGAAAUGGGGACAAGAAUAAUAAUUGUGAUGAUUAAAACGUAUAUGGUCAGACCCAAACCAUUGGGUAUGGACAAUUGACUAUCAAUUCUGUUAUAUCAUUUUGUAAACUGUCAAAAGGAAAAAAUACCAUAUGCUCAAAAAAUCUUCCAUCUCUAAUUUUUUUUCAGAGUAAAGUUACGUCUUAGCAAAGCAUGUGUAUAAACAGGCAUAGCUGCAUGAUGCAUGCGGAAAAUUGAAGCAACACAUUGACAAUUUCUAAAGUUUUCAAAUUCUAAAGUUUUCGAAUGUAUACCUUAAACUUUCCGGUCAUUUGUUACUUCGCAUGUAUAAUUCCUUUCACUAGUGUGCGUUUUCAUUUUACUAUCAUUUAAGUUGCAAUUUGAAAAACAAUUGGCUGAAAAUUCCCAACAACAUAACAUAAUUGAUUGACCAAUGAGAAUGCAGUAGUCAAAGGUUUCAGCAACAGACUGACCCAUUAAGCCCCACCCAAGGGUGUGUCAAAAAUCUCUUUAAAACUUUGAGGAUUGAAGUUCAUUAGGGUUUGAACUGUGCGCACAAAAGGUGCGUGCAAUAUGCACAGCUGAAACGUACAGCAUGGCAUUGGAGAUGCACACGUAUAUAAUGUAGUUGCCCUAUGUUCAGUGGCUGGGGCCUAAUGGAUCAGUCUACUAGUGCUCCUAUGUUGUGACUAUUGGUAUUUUUGGAAUGUUUGCUAUGUUUUCAUUCAUCAAUUUCUUAAGGUAUAUGUAGGAUAACAUGCUUGUGCUUGAAACAGUAUAUAAUUAGUGCCAAUGUCAUAUAAAAUUUGGACUCCCAUGAAAUCUUGUCGUUUCUACCAUGUACAAACUCCAACACUCAAAUGUGACCUGUCACUGUCCUUAUCUUCAUGUAAGCAUGCGCAACACAACCAAGCAAUGAGUCUGUAGUUCAUAGAGUCCAAAAUUUCACACUACACCGGCUUAUAUUUCCGGGGAAGAGAACUCGACUUGAUUUCAGCACCGAUAGAUACAGAUAAUUUAUCAGGGUUUUCAUGCUCAUUUGCGUGUAAUAACUGCAAAAUGUGGGUAAUUCUUCAUAUUAAUUGUCAGAAAAGUAUUGAAGUGGUGUUGAUACAGUGGCUAUGUUAGAAGAUGUGGAGUGCGAAACUUAUACAAAAUAAUGGAAAAGGGACGGCAUGGCUGUUACUUGAGUACAUUAAGAUUUCUCUGCGCUUGCAAGCCUCAGGUGGAAGACUUUAAAAUAUGGGGAAAGUUAGACGAAAUGAGUGCAAACUGUAAUUAAUUAAUGGCAUGGAACAUAUGCAUGAGUAGCAAUGAUAAAUACUGACUGUUGAAAUAAACACUUCAUGAACAUUUUGUAUA